AUGCCAAAGCAAGUCACCACACCAAAGGAAUUUCUUGCCCUCGCCGCUCGCUCUGAUGCCAAGUGGGUCAAGGUCAAAAAGGCUGCUGACGACAACACAAAGUUCAAACUCCGCACAACAAAGUAUCUCUACACACUUACAGUCAAGCCAAAGUUUGUUGAACUUGUCCAGAACUCAAUCCCAGAGUCCCUCGAAGUCAUCGUUCUUGACAAGAAGGCUGAGUAA